CAUGGCUUCGAAAGGAUCGGUCGAGAGUUUGAGCGAGGAGGUACUUUGUCCCAUCUGCCUGGACUUCUUCACCGUUCCGGUGUCACUGGAGUGUGGACACAACUUCUGUCGCUCUUGUAUCACACCGUAUUGGGAAAGGGAGCAGAGAAACUCCUGCCCGGAAUGUAGAGAGGUGUUUGCUGACCGCAUCCUGAGGGUGAAUCGAGCCUUAGCAAAUCUGACACAAAAAGUUCGGAAUUUAAACCUGAAUCCGAAAGGGAAGGAAAGUAAACGUCACUGCGAGGAACAUGAGGAAGAACUGAAGCUGUUUUGUGAAACGGACAAGACACCUAUCUGUCUGAUCUGUAGAGAUGCGCAGGAACACAGAGAACACCGCUUCAAGCCGAUUAAAGAAGCUGUUAAAAUCUACAAGGAUCAGCUAAAAUCUUCCUUAGACUCUCUCAGAAAAAAGAAAUCAGACUUCCAGGAAAAGGAGCAGCAACAGAAAGAGAAGAUUUCCGGAGUUCGGAAACGGUCAUACAGCCUUCAGUCCCACAUCACAUCCCAGUUUGCUGAACUGCGCCAGAUUAUCACUGAGGAAGAGCAGAGCUUACACAGGGAUCUCAGGGAAGAAGAGAAGAGGAUUCUCAACCCAAUGGAGAAAAAUCUUCUAGCUCUUCAAGAUAAUAUAAGGAUUAUUCAGGAGGAAAUCAAUAAGUUAAAGGAACAAAUGGAUCAACAAGACAGUGUGAUAUUUCUCAAGGAGGAAGCUCAUCGGAACAGGAGGUUUAAUGAUGAUGUCCAGGAAUUGUCAGUGACAGAUGAGGCCCAACCGUUUGAAAAAUUCGAUCACCCCUAUUUGUUGAACACAGCGCUGAGGGGAAAACUUGAUUCCUUUAAUCGAGUCUCUAUCACGGUGGACGUGGAAACGGCAGGUCCGUGUCUCGAGGUGUCUGAGAAUCGGAAGAGUGUGAGAUAUACAGGGACCCGGAGGAAUCUCCCUAACACCGGGAAGAAAUUCACAACCCGGCCGUGUGUGCUGGGAUCGGAGGGAUUCACAUCGGGGAGACAUUACUGGGAGGUGGAGGUGACGGGCAAUCGGGUCUGGUGGCUGGGAGUCGCCGCAGAGUCUGUGCAGAGGAAGGGCGGGGUCACACUGAGUCCGGAGACCGGAUUCUGGGUCAUCGGGCGGGUUGACGACGUGUUACAUCGGGAUUAUGACGUAAACCGUGGUCUCACCUCCCCUGAGUCCCGUCUCGCUGCCGGUCCCAUUCCCGGGACGGUGGGAGUUUAUCUCGGUUACGAGUCCGGGACAGUUUCAUUUUACAACGCGGAGACCAAGUCCCAACUCCACACCUUCACUGGGAAUAAAUUCACGGGGAAACUUUAUCCUUUCUUCGCAAACUGGGAUGUAAACCAGUGGCUGAGAAUCUGCUCCGGUUCCGCUCCGGGUCUGUAAACGGGUCGGGUCCAGGGACCUGCGUCCAGAGUAAAGUCCCUGUAAAUAUAAAUGUGCGGAGAGUGCAGCUAAAUACGUGGGGAAGGACAUGGUGCAGGAGAGAGGGCUUCAUGCUUCUGGACAAUUGGGCUUUGUUCCUGGGAAGGUGGGACCUGUUCCGACGGGACGAUUUGCACCUGAACUUGAGGGGAACUAACAUCCUUGCGGGUAAAUAUGCUAGCGCUGCUCCAGGGUGGUGGGAGGAGGGGGGAGAUUAAACUAGUUUUGCAGAGGGAUGAGAACCAAAGAGUUAGAGCACAUAGUGAGAUGGAGGAGGAUAUGCCAGGUCAUGCCAGGACUGCAUGUACAGACAGAAAUCAAUUUUGUGGAAAUGAAAAAGGAUCUAGGAAGAGUGGAUUGGGAUAAGUUGUUUUUUUUUCUGGCGAGGACGGGUUCAGUAAGUGGAAGGCCUUCAAAGGCGGAAUUUUGAGAGUCCAGAGUUUGCAUGUUCCUGCCAGGAUUAAAGGCAAAGUUAACAGGCAUAGGGAACCUUGGUUUUCAAGGGAUAUUGGUGAUCUAGUUAAGAAAAAGUGUAUAGCAGGUAUAGGCAACAAAGAGCAAAUGAGUUACUUGAAGAGUUUAGAAAAUGUAAGAAAAUACUAAAGAAGGAAAUCUGGAAGGCAAAAAGACAUGAGGUGGCUUUGGCAGAUAAUGUGAAGGUAAAUCCAAAGGGUUUCUGCAAGAAUAUUGAGAGGGAAAGGAUAGUAAGGGACAAAAUUGGUCCCCUAGAAGAUCAGAGUGGUUGUCUAUGUGUGGAGCCUCGUGAGAUGGGGGAGAUCUUAAACAGUUUUAUUGCAUCAGUAUUUACUCAGGAAACUGGCAUAGUGUAUAUGGAAGGAAGGGAAACAAGCAGUAGUGUCAUGGAACAUAUAGAGAUUAAAGAGGAGGAGGUGCUUGCUGCCUUACAGCGAAUAAAGGUAGAUAAAUCCCCCGGGCCUGACUUGAUAUUUCCUCGGACCUUGAGAGAGACUAGUGUAGAAAUUACAGGAGACCUAGCAGAAAUAUUUAAAAUGUCCUCAGCCACGGGUGCAGUGCCGGAAGAUUGGAGGGUAGAUCAUAUUGUCCCGUUGUUUAAAAAAGGCUCCAAUAGUAAACCAGGUAAUUACAGGCCCGUGACCCUGACAUCAGUAGUAGGUAAAUUAUUGGAAGAUGUUCUGAGAGAUCGGAUAUACAAGUAUUUGGACGGCCAAGGGCUGAUUAAGGAUAAUCGGUAUGGCUUUGUGCGUGGUAGAUCGUGUUUAGUGAAUGUUGUAGAGUUUUUCCGAGGAGGUUACCAAGAAAGUAGAUGAAGAAAAGGCUGUGGAUGUUGUAUACAUGGACUUUAGUAAGGCAAUUUACAAGGUCCCGCAUGGGAGGUUAGUUCAGAAGGUUCAUACACGAGGUAUCCAUGGAGAGGUUGUAAACUGGAUUUGAAAUUGCCUGUGCGAGAGAAGACUCUCUCACAAGGUAGUGGAUGAUUGCUUCUCAGACUGGAGGCCUGUGACUAGUGGUGAGCCUCAGGGAUCUGUGCUGGGACCAUUGUUAUUUGUUGACUAUAUCAAUGAUAGAGAUGUGGUAAAUUGGAUCAGCAAGUUUGCAAAUGACACUAAGACUGGAGGCGUUGUGGACAGCGAGGAAGGCUUUCAAAGCUUGCCGAGGGAUCUGGACCAACUGGAAAAAUGGGCCAGAAAAUGACAGAUGGAAUUUAAUGCAGACAAGUGUGAGGUGUUGCAUUUUGGAAGGACAAAUCAAGGUAGGACAUACACAGUAAAUGGUAGGGCACUGAGGAGUGCGGAG